AUGCAAAACGAACAUGUCCUGGAUGAACCGAUAACGUUAAAAUUAUGCUAUGGGAUUAACGAAUCAUUUAACAGUGUGCAUGUAGUAAAAAAGUGUGGAAAAGAGGAAAAUGCAGAAAAAUGGCAUGGUGAUCCAUUAAUUGUAUAUAGCUCAGACAACAAUAUUGUCAUGCUGGAUGGAAAAAGGCAACUACUAUUCAGAGGACAUUUUAGUAAAAUUUCCAAAUUAAUUAAAAGUUACAACAAUGAAUUUAUCGUUUCUUGUGACAAAGGAGUUGACUCUUUCAUCAUUUUGUGGAAGAUAAACAACAACAGUUUAUUUCCAGUUAAGAAGUUUUUUUUCAAGAAUUCGCACAAUUAUUCAGAUAAAAAUGAACUGAAAAAAAAUGUCGAUAGUGAUAUAGCAUAUGGGAGAGACACACAAAGCAGUGUAAAUACUCCAAGAAAUACAAACGCUCCAAAUGAUGAAAACUUAGAAUAUAUGGAUGAAGAACAAAUUAACCAAAAGGACAUAGAAAACGUAGGAUACGAAUGUGUAGACAUAAGUUUCGACAACAGAUAUAUAUGUGCCUUAACAGAGAAAAGACUGUAUGUCAAAGGAGAUGUACAAAGAAGACAGAAAAGUCUAAGUAAAAUAAACAGCAAAAGUAAUGCUGUUUUUUAUCAAGAAAUAUUAAUUUUUGAUACUAAUGGAGGAGAAAAUAACAUCGUGUGUAAAGAUAAAAUAUACGGAAAAGAGACACAAGAAAAAAUUCGGUUUAAUAGAAAAUAUGAAGUAAUUUCAAAUAGUAAAUCGAAAUUAUAUAUUUACAACUUUGAAAAAAAAAAUAGAACUAUAAGUCAUUACAGUCCUUCCUUAUAUAAAAGCAAUAAAUUAAAUGAACGUUUCAUUUUUACUGAAACGUCAUUUGUUGAAAAUUCUACAACAUUGUUGACAGGGACGACAAGUGGUUAUCUCAUUGUCUGGGAUUAUAGUUCUAUUUUUAUAAAUAAAACGAAACAAAAUAUUAAACAAAGAGAAUAUCAAAAAUAUUUAGAAAUAAGGAAAAACAUCUCAAUAAAUAUUGUACAAAGUUAUGGAAAUUUUAUCGUUCUAGGACUAAGUGAUGGUAGUGUUCAGAUCUUUGAUAAAGAUCUCAAAUGUUACGCAUGGUUUGAAAAUAGCAAUAUAGGUCAAAUAAAAUCACUAUCCUUUGAAUUGUCUAAUUUUGAGGAAGAUUUUUUUUCAUGGAAUUCUUUCAUUUUGUUUACUUCAGAAAAUUUUAUUAAGCAAAUAUAUCCAUCAAGUUUUAACGAUAAGGGAAAUGUUACCAAAUUGGAUAAUGGACAAACUGAUCAAAUAUGCAUUACGGACACUUGGAACCUCGAAUCUGUCAACAAAGAAGAAUUCCACGAUCGUACUGUUACUAGAAAUGAUGGAAAGAAUAAUGAAGCUCAUAAUGAGAUAAACACAGCUGGUCAAUUCGAUGCUGAUGAAGAGGAGAUAAAAGUUGGUAACACCCUGCUUAAUAAUUUGACGCAAAAGAAAGAACCUAGAGAAAAUUCUAACAACACAAAGGAGGAAAGCACAACGAGGUAUUCUAAAUGCAUAAGACAAAAACCAAGAGCAAAGAAGAACAAAGUACUUCUCCACUUUAACAGCCAAUCUAUUAGUGCCAUAUGCAUCAAUCCAGCAAGUGAUGAAAGCUUCUUAUACAUUGGAAACGAAAAUGGGGUAGUCGAAAUCUUCGAUUUUGAUAAAAAUGAAAAAAUACACACAAUUGACUUAGCAUCCAAAGAAAUAGUAUCAAUGACUUUCAGUAACAAUGGACAUAUUCUAUGUGUCGGUUGCAAAUGUGGAUUCAUUCAAAUGAUAAAUGCAACCACAUUUCAAAUAUUUUUCUCUAGCAAAGAUAUGAAAUACGAAAUAACAUACCUAUACUUUAGUGAAGAUGAUAAAAUACUUAUCUCUUCUUCACAAAACGCUAAUUUGAUCAUUUAUAAAAAUGAAAACUGUGACAAUAUAUAUGACUGGAAAUUUACCUACAGAAUUGUUAACAAUAAUAAUAUCACAUUUACAGAUUUAAAUGUUGUAAAAGAGGUACAUAAAAAAAAUGAGUACAUUAUAAUAGGUAUAACGAAUAAUAGAUACAUCAUUUUCCAUCAUUACAAUUUUAAGGAAAACACAGUAACUAUUUCAUAUCUUUUGAUAGAACAGGUUUAUGCCCCAACAUGCAUUUCUCAAAAUUUAUAUUUUUACAAUAGACAAAUAUUAUGUAUUUGCAAUGAAGCAUCCAAGAUUCGAUUUUUCGAUUUGGAAACAAAAAAAAUCAUAAAAACGGUCCAUCUUCCAUUUAAGGAAAAAAAUGUGAAAAAAAUUUUCCCCCUGAUGAGUUCUGGAGAAGGGAAUUAUUGCACAUUUAACCCCUUAACUGAUGAUACUAUUUCUACUGAUGUAAAAGAAUUGAACGAAAAAGAAAAAAAUAACUUUGACAAAAACAAUAUUUUCCUAUUUGUCCUUAACGAGAAAAUGAUCGUAUUCACACAGACCCCUAUAGUUCCAAAUUGCUUCAGAUAUAUUGGAGGCAUAGUUUCCAGUGGAACCAUAAAGAAUGUCAUUUCCAAAAAUCAAAAUAUUUUCAUACUAAGUAAUAAUAAAAUAUUUUAUUAUCAUAUUAAUACUCACAUACUAAGAAAAAAUAUAGAAAUUCAAAGUAAUACACUGGAAAUAUUUGUCGAACAAAUUGGAGGUAAAAAUAGUAAAAUAUAUAAUCAAAUUAUGGACUCUUUUUAUUAUUGUGAAAUUCAGAAAAAAAAGUAUCAACAAAAAAAAGAAAAACAUGACAUUAAAAAACUGCUCAAUGUUUUGUCUAUUGAGUACAUAUUUGCAUCUAUCAAUGUGUUCCUAUCCAAAUUUGAAAUACAAAAUAUAAUACAAGAGUAUCACUUUUACUACAAGUACGUCCUUCCUCUUCUACGAGCACGAAAUGCAUCCGUUAACGAAUCAUUAUUCAUGGGGGAUAUUACUCUGGUUAAUUACAAAUCUGAUAGUGACCUUCUCCUUCAAAAUAUAUAUUUUGUGCAGAAUCUGGAAGAAACAGAUACCCAGACAGACUCUGCUAAAUAUAUGCUAAACGAUAGUCAUGCGGAGAUGAGUUCAAGUCAGCAUAGAAAAGAGGAAAAAAAAGGGGAAGAUAAAGAAGAUAAAAACUGUGAGGAUAAUAAACCAAAUGACACAAAUCUAAGUGUUACAGACAAUAAUACCCACGAUGGAGACAUAACAGCAGAGUGCGAAUAUAUAUACUUCAACAUCAAUGCAUUCAUAUAUACCUACUUCAAUUUCUUCAUGGAGUAUGAUAUAAAUUUGGAAAAAGUCAUACAUGACAUAGAAAAUUAUUACAAAAAAAAUAAUAAUAAAAAAAAGAUUUCUUGUAAUGAUUUUUUAGAAAUGGUAAAAAAUCAUGGAGAACCGAUGGAUCAAAACGAGUUUAGAAGGAUUUUUCAAAUUUUUACAAAGAGCGAGAAAUUUCUCGAAGAUGCUGACACAUUCGAUUUCAGUUUGUUAACAGAGUUUCUACAGUAG